GAAGUGGGGCCGCGGUCGGGGGCGUGGCCGUGCCCGAGGCCGUUAGGGGUUGGGUGUGCCUCCACCCCCCAGGCGGCGCGCGCAGCGGGCCACGCGGGGGGAGGCAGCGCAGGGGUUACGGCGGCCGGCGCCACCUGGGCGCCGCUGAGGAGACCCGCGAGCUGGCGAAUCCCGCGCGGGCGCGGCGAACAGGUGCCCGCGCGCGUCAGGCGCCGGCAAGGGGCGGGGAGAGGGGCGCGGCCGGAAACCCGGGGCGGGGUGCGGCCGGCCCGGUGAGCUAGAGGAGCCGGGAGGGCAGGAAGGAGCUCCCCGGGCUGCGCGGCGCGCGAUGUGGAGCCGCCGCCUCGGCCCCUGCAGCAGCAGCCGCCGUCGUCGCCGCUGCUGCCGCCGAGCCGAGGGACAUGGAGCGCGGCUGCACAGAACGGCCGCCGGCAGCAGCAGCGACAUCGAGCGUCGCAGCGACAGCGGAGCGCAGCCCGCCCCGUGAGACGCUGCCCGGCCGGCGGCGGCAGCAGCAACAGGGCGGCUGAAAACCCGGCGGCGGCGGCAGCGGCGGCGGCGGCGUUCCUCCUCGCAACCUACCCUCCCGCUUCGGUCCCUCAACCUUCCCUUCCUUGGCCUUCCCGUUCCCACCCCCCACUCCUCGUUUUCCCCCGGCGCGAGCGAGCAGCUGAGCCCGGGGGCGGGGGCGCGUGCCGCCGGCGCGGGGGAGGGGCGGGCCGGCGCGCGCCGCGCCCAGGGCUCGCGGGGACCCGGGGGGCGCGUGCCGCGGCGCGGGGCGCGGGGCGGCGCGGCGGGGCCCCUCCCCCCUGCAGCCUGGCGCGCGCCGGCCGGGCCGCACCGCUGCGGGCUCCGCGCGCGCGGGCCAUGUCCGCCUUCUGCCUGGGCUUGGCCGGCCGCGCUUCAGCACCCGCCGAGCCGGACAGCGCCUGCUGCAUGGAGCUGCCGGCCGGGGACGCAGUCCGGAGUCCCGCCGCCGCCGCCGCCGCCCUCGUCUCCUUCCCCGGGGGCCCUGGGGAACUGGAACUGGCUUUAGAGGAGGAGCUGGCGCUGCUGGCGGCCGGGGAGCGGCCCGCCGACCCCGGGGAGCAUCCUCAGGCCGAGCCCGGGCCGCCGGCCGAGGGGGUCGGACCACAGCCGCCGCUUGCCCAGGACCCCGAGCUGCUGUCGGUGAUACGGCAGAAGGAGAAGGAUCUGGUGUUGGCGGCUCGUCUGGGCAAGGCGCUGCUCGAGAGAAACCAGGACAUGAGCCGGCAGUACGAGCAGAUGCACAAGGAGUUGACGGACAAGCUGGAGCACUUAGAACAAGAGAAACAUGAACUGAGAAGACGAUUUGAGAACCGAGAAGGGGAGUGGGAAGGGCGAGUGUCAGAGUUGGAGAGUGAUGUGAAACAGCUACAGGAUGAGUUGGAGAGGCAACAAGUUCAUCUUCGGGAAGCAGAUCGAGAAAAAACACGGGCUGUCCAGGAGCUAUCAGAGCAGAACCAAAGGUUAUUGGAUCAACUCAGCAGGGCAUCGGAAGUUGAGAGGCAACUCUCCAUGCAGGUCCACGCCCUCAGAGAAGACUUUCGGGAGAAAAACUCGUCAACCAACCAGCACAUCAUCCGGCUGGAGAGCCUGCAGGCCGAGCAGGUUCUUGAAAUCAAGAUGCUGUCAGAUCGGAAACGGGAGCUGGAACAUCGUCUCAGCGCGACCUUAGAGGAAAAUGACCUGCUACAAGGGACUGUGGAGGAACUACAGGACCGGGUGCUGAUCCUGGAGAGGCAGGGCCAUGACAAAGACCUGCAGCUGCACCAGAGCCAACUGGAGCUGCAGGAGGUGCGGCUCUCCUGCCGACAGCUGCAGGUGAAGGUGGAGGAGCUCACUGAGGAGAGGAGUCUGCAGAGCUCCGCAGCCACCAGCGCAUCCCUCCUGUCAGAGAUAGAGCAGAGCAUGGAGGCCGAGGAGUUGGAGCAGGAGAGAGAGCAGCUGCGACUGCAGCUCUGGGAGGCCUACUGCCAGGUUCGCUAUCUGUGCUCACACCUGCGAGGAAACGACAGUGCCGACUCAGCUGUGUCCACGGACUCCUCCAUGGAUGAGUCUUCAGAAACCUCGUCCGCCAAGGACGUGCCAGCCGGCAGCUUACGCACUGCCCUCAACGAACUCAAGAGGCUGAUACAGAGCAUCGUGGACGGCAUGGAGCCCACGAGCUCCCGGAGAAUUGAAGAUGACUCUUUAGAAGAACAGAUAAGGCAGACCAGUGAGGACUCGAGAGCCCUGAGGGAGCUCAUGGAGGGAGAGAGGGGUAAACUGAGGCAGAGCCUAGAAGAGCUGCAGCAACUCCACAGUCAGGUGACACUGCUGAGUGUGGAGAUGACUGCACUGAAAGAGGAGAGGGACCGACUCAGAGUGACAUCUGAGGACAAGGAACCAAAGGAGCAGCUUCAGAAGGCCAUCAGGGACCGGGAUGAGGCUAUUGCAAAGAAGAAUGCCGUGGAGCUAGAACUUGCCAAGUGCAAGAUGGACAUGAUGUCUCUGAACAGCCAGCUGCUGGAUGCCAUUCAGCAGAAACUGAACCUCUCCCAGCAGCUUGAGGCUUGGCAGGAUGACAUGCACAGGGUCAUUGACCGGCAGCUGAUGGACACGCACCUGAAGGAACGGAGCCAGCCUGCUGCUGCCUUCUCCAGGGGCCACGGUGCAGGCCGAGGCGAUGAGCCCAGCACCACUGAAGGCAAAGGGCUCUUCUCAUUCUUCAGGAAAAUUUAAGUUGGGAGGAGUCAGCCACCAAGGGUGGGCAGACUGGAGACAGCUAAAAGGCGGUGUGAGCAAGGGCCUCCCUCCCCUGGGGCCUGGCUGGGCAGCCGCCCUGCCCACCCACACUGGGGCCCAGUAGGUCCCAGAGAUCCCACUCCCUUUUGUCAGUGUGGACAGACCAAGAGGCAGGGGCCUUCUUGGCCUCUGAAAGCUGCUCUAGACCAAGGGAUGGGCAGGAACCAGUCCCCACAGUGGGGCCAGGGCCAAGCCCAAGCCUGGGCUUCCCAGGAUCCCAUUAUCGAGCAGGGCUCAGGCAUCUCCCAGUGCAGCCCGUUGGUUGGGCUCUGCUGCUCAGACCCACCUGCUCACAGCUCACCUGGCAGGCACUGCUGCCUCCUCAGUUUUAGAUGAUGGGCAGCAGAAGAGACGGAGGCCCUUGUCCGCAUGCCUUGGAAGGCGUGCGCCUCAGGGGUCUGCUGAGUCCUGCAGGGCAGCAGGCCCAGGCCUGUGCCUCCAUUCCUGCCACUGGCCCAGAGUAAGGGGAGGUGCGGCCCCUUACCCAUGUGCAUGCACCUCUGCUGGGGCCCCUCCACAGGCAGGAGGCCCAGCCUGUGGCCAAGGAGUCCACGAGCUGGGGUGUACCCAAGCUCGACUGAGGCCAUUUGAAGCCCCAGGGAGGAAGGGAGGGCUCUGUCCCCUGGCCACCACCAACACUCUUCCAAGGCCUUCUCCAGAGUAUCUGUCCUUUACCCUUAGCAAGGCCUGGGCCAGACAGCUUUGUUGCUGGUUGGCGACAGGUGUUAGGGUCCAGUCCUCUCUUCUUUGUGGAAGGCCCAGGGCUGAGAGAGGGUUCAUCUUUCUUCCAUGGCCCCCUCGCCCCUCAGAUAGAAUUUCUUGGCCCAGUUGAGCAAGUCUAGGCCACAGAAUGUCCUCAGAGGGGUAUGGCCAGCCACCCCCUCCUCCAAGGCAGCACUUACACCAUGGGUGUAUAAAGGGAGGCUGCGGGGAGCCUCCGUAUACUGCCCACCAGGCCUGCAGAGGGCCAAGGCCUGAACCUGCUGCUUCUGCGCCUUCCACAGCAGCCACCCACUGUCUCUGUUGAGGCCCUAACUCAGAGGCUCUCCAGGCCCAGCCUGCCCUCAGCUGCUUACCACUGAUUCAGUCUCCCUCCCUCCCAGGGGAAAAGCACAGCAGGGAUGAGCGGAAAGAAUGUACCUAUAGAUAUGUACAUACCACAGUGCUGUAAUUUUGUAUGUAGCAAUCAUGUAAAUACAUGUAUGGAUUUUAUAAUAUACAUAUAUAUAUAAAUCUAUAAAGGCAUAUUUUUAGAAAAACUGCACCACUGCUUCUUUUGAAAAUAGUCUGAAUAAGAAUAAAAUGAGUUUCUACA